AUGGUCCUGCAUAGUCUCCCAUUGCUUGGAGUGACUCUUCUUCUCACUGCUCUUGCCCAUGCCCAGUUUCCCCCUACACCACGAGAUGUGAAGGUUGUCCAAUCACAGCUUGAAGAAGGUACCAAACUGUGCGAGACCACGGAAGGCGUCCGAAGCUUUUCCGGCUAUGUUCAUCUUCCCGCCGGAGCACUCGCCGACUUGGGCGUCCAGGAUCAGACGUAUGAGAUUAACACAUACUUCUGGUUCUUCGAAUCGAGAAAAGAUCCUAAAAAUGCACCCUUGUCGGUUUGGAUGAAUGGCGGACCUGGGUCCAGUUCUAUGCUUGGGCUCUUGCGAGAGAACGGACCGUGCUUUGUUCAUUCCGAUUCAAACAGCACCUAUAUCAAUGAGUGGUCGUGGAACAACGAAGUGAAUAUGCUAUAUCUCGACCAACCGGUACAGGUCGGUCUUAGCUACGACAGCUUGGUCAACAUUACCACCAAUCUGGACACAGGUGAGCUGAAGGUUGUGGACUUCCAGAAUACCCCAAUCCCUGCCCAGAAUAACAGUUUCUAUGUCGGCACCUACCCUAGUCAAAACUCCAAUUUCACCACGCGAGGCACUGAAAACUCAGCACGAGCCCUGUGGAACUUUGCCCAGAUCUGGUUCCAAGAGUUUCCUGAGCAUAAGCCCAAUGAUGACAGAAUAUCAAUCUCCACAGAAUCUUAUGGAGGUCGUUAUGGGCCCGCCUUUGCGGCCUACUUCCAGGAACAAAAUGAGAAGAUUGAAAACGGAACCUGGAAUGAAGCUGGGGAGACGCAUAUUCUGCAUCUCGACACACUUUUGAUCAUCAACGGCUGUAUUGAUCGAUAUGUCCAAUGGCCAGGUUACCCUGUCAUGGCAUACAAUAACACUUACGGCAUUCAAGCCGUGAAUGAAAGCCGCUAUCAGGAGGUGCUCGACAAUUUGUACCGCAAAGGAGGCUGCCUAGAGCAGAUUGAAGUCUGCCGGAACUUAAGCCUCGCAUAUGAUCCCACCAAUCAAGGCUUUAAUACCACAGUUAACGAGGCAUGUGAGGCUGCGGAGACUUUCUGUUCCGAGAAAAUACGGGACCCCUACUUUGAUACCGAUUUGAAUUACUACGAUAUUUCUGCGCCUGGUGCAGCAUCAUACCCUCCGCCAUGGUAUCAAGGAUUUCUCAACCAACCUCAUGUACAACAGGAUCUUGGAGUAUCGCUCAACUGGACCCAGUCAAACUCGGCAGUGUCCAAAUCAUUCCGUAGUAUAGGUGAUUAUCCACGUCCGAAUUGGAAAGAGGACUUGGCCUACUUGCUUGAGGAGGGAAUCAAGGUCACACUAGUUUACGGCGACCGCGACUAUGCCUGUAACUGGUAUGGAGGAGAACUUCUCUCUCUUGCUAUACCGUACGAGAACGCCACUUCGUUUGCCAAAGCGGGUUAUGCGCCCCUAGUGGUGAACGAUACAUAUAUUGGUGGCCAGGUACGCCAGUUCGGUAACCUCUCAUUUACCCGCGUUUACGAAGCUGGCCACGAAAUUCCCGCCUAUCAGCCGGAGACUGCAUAUAGGAUCUUCAUGCGCUCCUUGUUCAAUCGAGACAUUAGCACUGGUAAUGUUUCAACUGCCAACAAUGCCAGUUACGCGACCGAAGGACCAAUGCAUGUGUCCAACAUCACCAAUGUACCGAUCAUCGAUCCUGGAGCUCAGUGCUAUGUCUUGGAUCCUGGCCAGUGUACCAAGGAGCAGUGGAAGUCUGUAAUGAACGGCACUGCCCUGGUUCGCAACUGGAUAGUCGUGGAUGCCAAUACCAGCCACCUUUUUCCAGACUUGAUAUCCAAUAGUACUACAGGGAAUGGAACGAUUCCGUCGAACACAGGCAGCUCGGUACAUCUCUAUACGAGAGCUGUGUCUGGCGGUUACUUUUUGAGUGCUUUCAAUAAGGCUUUGUUUGCAGCAGGCAUUGGGAGUCUCCUGAUCAUGUAAAUUCUGACUCAUAAUCGAAAAUACAAUGAAGUAUGCUGUUCCCA